AUGUACUCUGUCUUUGAUCUUGGAGACACGAAUACAUCUAGAGAAAAGAAAAAUCUGAUUCGUCACUGUGAACCUGUAAAGCUGCGCUCUACUUCGAUAAGAAAGAGUCCAGCGAUAGAAAGAUCCAGAGCAGGUUGUGUUAACUGUAAGAAGAGAAGAAGAAAAUGCGAUGAAAGGCAUCCCAUAUGUGGUUUUUGCAAAGACAAGGGUGCUGAAUGUACAUGGCAAAUCAAAGAGUAUAUACCCCUGGGACUUGAACAGGAUCCGAAAUUUUCAAAAAAUACAACUAGAAAUUCUUCAGGCAUCGUCGCAAAGACUACGAUAGACAAAUCAAAGCUGCCUUAUAUUUCUCAUUUGCAAACUUCUCCAUAUAUUCAAGAUACUGGGUCCCAAAUUUUAGAAGACCUUGGAGAUCUGGCCCUUAGUCUUAAUCCAUUCGAAUUGGUAAAGAAUGCAGAUGAAAUAACUACCCCAGCUUCGUUUGACUUUGACACAUUAAUACCCUCACUUAUCAAACCUCCUUCUUCGACUUUUUCUAUUUACCUAGAUGACCGAGGGUUAGGCUUUUUGGAAUACUUCGAGAAAAGAGUUGCAAAAAUGUUAUGUGUUUCACCCGCCUCAUCUAACUAUUUUCUAAAGACUUUCUUUGCAAUGUCCGCUAGCGACGAAUCAAUACUGAAUGCAUUGGCAGCCUGGGGUUGUGUGUUUUCGGAGGGUCCUGAAAGUGCCUUAGUUUCGCAGUAUUUGAGCAGAGCGACUUCCAUGAUUAAUAUGACUUUCAUUGGUCUUGACAAAAAUGAUAAAUAUAGCUACUUUGUCAUAUUUUGCUAUUAUUUGAUCGCUAUUGGUAUUCAUGUAAGCUCUGGUGAUACUCUGGAGUGGUAUUCGCUUUUUAACCAAUGCGCUAAUCUAUUAAGGCAAUAUGGGGGGAUAUCAAAACUUCUACAAGACUUUCAAUACUCUAAUGACGUUAAAUGGCUCGUUUCAAAUUUUCAGUUCCAUGAUAUUAUGUCUUCAAUGACACUUUCGAACGGAACUUCGUGUUCUAUGAAGAUGUAUAAUGACAUUUUCAGUACAAAUAAAUUGUUGGAUAAGCCAGACUAUGGGGUCGAUCCUAAUCAAGGCUGUAUACAGCCUAUAUUCUUGUUAUUGGGAGAAAUAAUGAAUACAAGUGCUAAUUUGAAAAAACUGAGGCAACAUAUAGAUUCAAUGCUCGAUUCAUUCGAAAUUAGGGACCCAGAUCUAAUCCGUCAACGACUACUACAUUUCAAGAAUGUCGAAUCGAAGUACAAUGAGUUAAAUAGAAGCAUUGAAAAUUGCACGCCUAAUGAAGUUCAAUUAUCAUUAUUAGAGCCUGAAGAAUCAAAGCACCAUUUGGAACUUUUUGGGCUUUAUCAAUCCGUAUGUAAAAUUUAUGCGCUUCUUUACAUCAAACAGACGCAGCCGAAAUCAAGUGAGGUACAAAGUUUGGUGGUAACCUCACUAACCCUAAUAGAAUCCUUAUUAAAAACGUCUGUCGCAAGCUCAUUGAAAAUGGCGUUACUCAUCUGUGGUAUGUCAUGUUGUAAGAGUUAUGAUAGAAGAACAAUGUCUGAAAUUUUACAAAGAUUUUGCGACGUCUACCACGUAGGAAACAUAAAGAGAUUGUGGGACGUCAUAGCCAUAUCAUGGCGCAAGAACCCCACAGGGGACUUAUGCAUGGAUUGGGUAGAUAUAUGCGACGAAUUGGGCUGGAAGCUAUCAGUUUGUUAA